CAUUCCUCUCUCGCUCUCUUCAAGAACACCCACCAUUAAUGCAACCCUCUUGAUUGUCACUUCACGUGGUUUCGCUUUCUUUACCUCUUCCCACCCAGUUGAAAACCUCCCUCCCAAAAAAGGGAAAGCCCGCUUUGAUGGGUUUUCAUUUUUCUGCACAAGAGCUUCAGAGACUUGUGACCCGUUGAGUGAUGAUGAUGAUGAUGAUUCAAGAUAUUCAGUCCUCUCCUUCCUUCUUCUUCCCAAAUCCCUUCGUUUGCUCUGGGCUACGAGCACUACUGGUAGGACCAACGCGAUACAUCGCUUAAAUACGUGAUGCGUUAGCCAUUAAUGUCUCUCCCAGCAAAAGUAAGUCCUAUUUAAUGCACUCCGCUGCUUAAAGCUCGCCGAUCGUCCUUCCACUUCCCAGAAGUUGUGUUCAGUUCAAUGUCGAUCCGUCCCCAGAUGUAAUAACUCGACAUGGGCAUUUAGCAAACUCCUCGCAUGUUACAUGAUCCUCUUGUCUCUCCUCUCUCUCUCUCUCUCUCUCUCUCUCAGAGAUAGUCAUUUUACUACUACUCUGUACUUCAUUUGCUCUGUUUCACUCGCGGACUGAAGAGCUUCAGAGGCGUUUCUUGAUUAUCUCUGGGUAUUCUUUUUUUUGGGUAAUGUUGCGAUAACUUCUUGAGUGAGAGAGAGAGAGAGAAAAUGGGAAGGACACCAUGCUGUGACAAGAAGGAUUUGAAGAAAGGGCCAUGGACACCCGAGGAAGAUGAGAUUCUUGUCGAGUUUAUCAGACAGAAUGGCCAUGGAAGCUGGCGUUCUCUCCCCAAGCUUGCAGGUCUUCUUCGUUGCGGCAAGAGUUGUCGGCUAAGGUGGACGAACUAUCUCAGGCCAGACAUAAAACGUGGCCCUUUUACUCCCGACGAGGAGAAGCUUGUCAUUCAGCUUCAUGGAAUACUCGGUAACAGGUGGGCUGCCAUUGCUGCUCAACUUCCCGGAAGAACGGACAAUGAGAUCAAGAACCUGUGGAACACCCAUCUAAAGAAGCGUCUUCUUUGCAUGGGCCUCGACCCCCAGACUCAUGAACCCUUCGUAGCCCGAGGCCCUAUGACAAACUCACCCACAUCUACAACCAUGCGUCACAUGGCACAGUGGGAAAGUGCUCGGCUUGAAGCUGAAGCUCGGCUUUCUAGGGAGUCCAUCCUGUUUAAUCCACUUCCUCUGCAAAAAGCUGACGCCGACCAUUUCCUCCGGCUAUGGAAUUCAGAAGUUGGAGAAUCAUUCAGAAAGAUAAACAUAGAAAUGGGAAGAAGCCCAGUUUCUCCGGCAUCUUCAUCUGUGAAGUGUGAAUCCAAUUCAGCCAUCAGCGCCGAAAUGGGUCCCUCCUUGGGUGGUUCUGCUGCUGCCACAAAUGACGGAGACGACGAUAAGGAAUACAAGAGGUGCAAAUCCUACGUUCAACUAAUGGCUGCAGGGACAGAGUCUUCCGGCUCUAGUGCAUUAGAAGAUUCAUCAGACACUGCGUUGCAGCUGCUGCUGGAUUUUCCUAUCAACAAUGACAUUAGCUUCUUAGGAGGAGAUUACGAUCAAUAUGCUUCAUCUUCUGGUUUAGUAUAGAAAUUUCCGAAAUAUUUGUAGUGAUGAAACCCAGCUAAGCCUUUGCCUUUUAUAAGGCCUCUCCUGCUAGAGUUUUGAGCUUUUUCCAUUGGCAAGAGGGGAUGUGAACAUAACAAUUGACUUUAUCGUAAUGUCUAAUUUGCUUAGUCUCUUCUGCUC